AUGGACCGAAACGAAAAGCUGAAGGUCCAGACCCGGGCUAAGAUUUUGAGAAGGCUCAACCGAGAGAAUACAGCACACCUAGGUGAAGAUGAAUUCCAGAAUCAAGGGGACCGGAUGCGUGGAAAUCCUACAACAGUAAGACAUCGGAUCGAUACAUCGGUAAGAAAUAGCAUGAAUGGCAGUGCUCCUGUCGCAUUCAUUGGCCCAUUUGGCGGUGGCGGCGCUGCUCCUGCGAGUAUUCCUGCUGGGAGAGCUCCGAGCACCCAGGCGCCGACACCUCCCCGUCCCGGCCUUGGAUCUUCUUCACCUUCACAACUCCGCCCCGAAUCCACUACUUCAAGUCCUGUCGGCCCGGUCGGGGUACCCCAGCACUCGGUGAUGAAUAUCUCACCUCCGCAGCACUCGUUGCCGAAUGUGACGACAUUCAGCCCCAGUGGCCGUCCGGUGCAGAACCCGAUGGUGGCGGCGCUUUUGUCCGGGCAGCAGCCCCCUUUGAAGGCGCGACUUCAGAUGGACAAGAAUCGAAGAGCCUCAGUCGUUAAGAUUGCCAGCCGGCAGAAGCCUCUGAAUUCGAGCAGCCCCCCGAUCCCCUCUGCCCUCCGAAGUGUCAAUUCCCCUCCUUUGUCUCUCGAGAGCACCACCGACGAGUCGAGCAGCGAUGAGCUCAUCGUUACGAACCGCGGCCAUCCGGCCAGCCAAGUUCAUCAGACUCAGAGCAGCAUGAGAAUGAAUAUCGAUCCCUCGUUCAGCCACCUGGCUCCUCCCAUGUCUCCGAACGAACUCUUCAGCGCAUUCUCAUCCAUGAAUACGUUCGCAGCCAACAACCCGCCUCCUUCCUUGCCCCCGAACGACCUGCUCGCGAACCCGGGCCCUGCUUGGAACUUGGACCUGCUCCAGAGCCCUCAACUCGGGCCCAUUCUCUCACCGCCAGCGGAGAUCGCACCCAACCCCAUCGCCGAGACACGCCCCGAUUGCAACGGCAACAUGGUCACGUACGACAUCCACACCAACGAGGCCAUCCUCGACGUCGAGCCCUGCGAGACUGGCACCGCCCAGUGGGGCAGGAAGGGCGAGUUCACUGGCUUUAACCCGGCCAUGCCCCCGCCUCAAGUCGAGGAAAUGAAGGAUCCGCGCUUCAAGCCGAACGCAAAGGAUGCCUGGAUGGGCGCCAGGCUGGGCGAAGGCACUCAAUCUGUCAUAGCUCAUGACUAUGAUGUCCCGGCUGCGAUACCUAAUACGGGUCCGACGCCGUCUUGGAUCAAGGAGACCAAUGACAUUCUGGGUAUUCCGAACGAGGAUGACGAGGAUGAGCCGGAUCUCUUCGAAUAUUACGAUUUGGAUUUUGACGAUUGA